CAGUCAACAUGAGAGCCAUAGCGUUGGUUUUCGCGUGUUGUGCAGUUGCACUCGCGAGUGGUUAUUAUAUGACCAAGGAUGUGAAGUACGCCGACAAGGAUUUCCUGUAUAAGCAGAAGGCCAUCUUUGAGGUGCUGCAGCAUGUCCAUCAGCAUGAGGUGCACACACAACUCUGGGAAGACUCCAAGCUCUACAAGGUCGACGAACAUUUCAAUGAUUACACCAAUGUGACGGCUGUUAAGGAAUUCUGGAUGUACUAUGAGUACGGCAUGCUGCCAUUCGAUGAAAUCUUCACCAUCUUCAGUGAGGUGCACAGGAAGCAGUUUAUCAGCCUAUUCAACUUUUUCUACUACGCCAAGGAUUGGGACACCUUCUACAAGUCCAUGGUCUGGGCUCGCUUCCACAUCAAUGAGGGCAUGUUCGUCUAUGCCCUGACAAGUGCUGUGCUUCACCGCAAGGACCUUGUUGGAAUCGUUCUACCAGCCCCCUAUGAAAUCUAUCCAUUCUACUACUUCAACAGCGAAGUCAUCCAAAUAGCUCAGCAGUACAAGAUGCAAGGCUUCUAUGGCAUGAAGAAGUACGGAGAUAUGUACACAGUCACAAUUCCAUCCAACUACACCGGCUGGUACAAGCACACGAACCCUGAGCAAAAGUUGUCCUACUUCAUGGAGGAUAUUGGCCUCAACAGCUACUACUACUACUUCAACUUAGACUACCCCUUCUGGAUGGGCGGCAAGGAAUACGGACUAUACAAGGAUCGUCGUGGAGAAUUCUAUUUCUACUUCUACCAGCAGUUCUUGGCUCGUUACUACCUUGAGCGCUUAUCCAAUGAUAUGGGCAUCAUCCCUGAGUUCAGCUGGUCUGAACCAAUCAAGACUGGCUACUACCCUGACCUCCGCUACUACAACGGUGUCUACUUCCCUGCUCGUGACAACUACUACUACGUAAACACUGAAUACAACUACUACUACAUCCAAAUGAUUGAGAUGUAUGAGAAGCGCAUCAUGGAUGCCAUUGAUAUGGGAUUCUUCUACACUUAUGACGGACAACGUAUUGAUCUUACGAAGCCUGAGUCCAUUGAAUACCUUGGCAACCUCUUCCAGUCCAACCCCGAUAGCUACAACACUCGUAUGUUCGGCUACAUGGAGCUCUAUGCCAAGAUGCUCUUGUCAGCUUCACCUGAACACUUUGAAACCUACAAGGUGAUCCCAGGUGUUCUGGAGCAGUUCGAGACUGCCAUGCGUGACCCACUCUUCUAUCAACUCUACAAGAGAUUCGUCAAAUACUACUGGCAAUUCAAGAACUACCUUCCGUCCUACACCUACGAUGAAAUCUUCUACCCAGGUGUUAAGAUUCAGAACGUUGAAGUGGAUAAGCUUGUGACGUACUUCGACAAAUUCGAAUCGGACAUUACCAACGCCGUUGACGUUGAGGUGUACGAUGAGAAGAUGCCCAUGUCUGAGAUGAAGAAGUUCGGAAAGAUCGCCCACUACCAGGGUGAGGACUUUGUCAUCAAAGCCAGCCAAUAUCGUCUCAACCAUCUUCCCUUCACCAUUAAGCUCGACGUCAUGUCUGAUAAGGCAACAAAGGCCUACGUUAAGGUCUUCCUUGGACCCAAAUACGACAGCUAUGGCAACUUGUACACAAUCAAUGAGAAUCGUGAGAACUUCUUCGAACUCGAAAGCUGGCUUGUUGACCUCAAGGUUGGCAUCAACAAACUCGUGCACACAUCUACGGACUUCUCAUAUUAUGUUAAGGACCGCACGACCUACUAUGAACUCUACAAGUAUGUGAUGAUGGCCCUUAAGGGAGAAUACAAAUUCCCACUGGACAUGAGUGAAGCCCACUGUGGGUUCCCAAGCCGUCUGAUGUUGCCAAAGGGUAAGAAGGGUGGUAUGCCAUACCAAUUGUUCUUCUACGUCACCCCCUACUUGGCACCCAAGGUUGAGCAAUUCUCCACAUAUGACUAUGCUAUGAGCUGUGGUGUAGGAUCUGGUGCUCGUUACAUGACUGGUUAUCCAUUCGGCUAUCCACUCGACCGUAAGAUCAACGAAAUGUACUGGUACACACCCAACAUGAUGUACUACGAUGUUAUGAUCUUCCACAAGACUGACACAGAGAUCAAUGCUGUGUACUAAGCACCUCCUACAUAAACCAUCUUCUUUCCUCUCCGAAAAAAGAGAGGAAUUGACAUGUGACCCCCAAAGCAGUAGUUUUUAGUUAACUCAUUAAGUGUGCAAGAUGAUGCAAUGAAAAAAUCAACAAAAAAAGUCGAAGAAGGAGAAGAAUAUAAAGAAUAAAUGUAAAAUAUAAAAAAAAAA